ACACACACCAAGAGAAGCCAAUAUCUAUAUUUAAACGAGAAGGAAAAUAUCUUUAAAAAAAAAAAAAUGGCAAAGGCCGCAUCUCUUGUCUCCAUGAUAUGCAUUGUGGCCUUUGUAACCGUCGGCCGUGCCUACGAGCUCUUUAGAGUCGAAGGCGAUGUAUAUUGCGACCCUUGCCGCGUCCAGUUCCAGACCCCUCUCAGCACAAAGCUCUCAGGAGCCGCGAUUAGAGUGGAAUGCAGGAACACUGAGACAAAGGCGUUGACUUUCUCAGUCAACGGCACGACCAACGAGCAAGGCCACUACGUGGUGGAGGUUGUGGGCGACCACGAAGACGACACGUGUGAGGUGAUGGCCGUCAGCAGCCCAGAUAGUGCAUGCAACAUGCCUAUGGAUGACGUGACCGUGUCGCGCAUCGAGUGCACCACAAACAGUGGGAUCCACACCGAUGCCCGCUUCGCUAACCCGUUAGGGUUCAUGACCUUGGAUGCUGCCCCGCAGUGCUUAUCGGUGUUGAAAGAGAUUUUGGUCGACCAAAUUGAGAAUUAAUUCGUUGGUUAAGAACACAAAAAUUGAGCCUAUGCCAUUUUGAAGAUAUGAUCUUCUCAUCAAUGUUGACUUUGGUCUUCUCUUGUCCAUGUGUAAUCAAUAAUAAAACUUGUGAAAGAAUAUGAUAAAUGAAAUAUAUUGAUUUCUUUCAUUUAUAUA